AGUGGCCCUGAGUGACUGUAGCAGUCACGGCCCACAGGCGGUUAGCUGCGGUCACUCCCUGACCCUCACAUCAGGAGGCUCGGAACAUCAGCUAACGGUUGAUCACUUCUCGUCCUCCUCCACACCCACCCACGUCCUCCACAUCUCUGGGCUCCAGAGAGGAAGCAAGCUCUUGGGGUGCGCCAUGAUUUCACCAUUCCUAGUACUGGCCAUCGGCACCUGCCUUACCAACUCCCUAGUGCCAGAGAAAGAGAAAGACCCCAAUUACUGGCGGACACAAGCCCAGCUGACGCUGAAAAAUGCCCUGGAGCUUCAGAAGCUCAAUACGAAUGUGGCCAAGAAUGUGAUCCUGUUCCUGGGAGACGGGAUGGGCGUCUCCACGGUCACGGCCGCCCGCAUCCUCAAGGGUCAGCUCCACCACGAACCUGGAGAGGAGACCCGGCUCGAGAUGGACAAGUUCCCCUUCGUGGCCCUCUCCAAGACGUACAACACCAACGCCCAAGUCCCCGACAGUGCUGGCACUGCCACCGCCUACCUGUGUGGAGUGAAGGCCAACGAGGGCACCGUGGGGGUGAGCGCGGCCACCGAGCGCACCCGCUGCAACACCACUCGGGGGAACGAGGUCACCUCCAUCCUGCGCUGGGCCAAGGAGGCUGGGAAAUCCGCGGGCAUUGUGACCACCACACGGGUGAACCACGCCACCCCCAGCGCCGCCUACGCCCACUCAGCCGACAGGGACUGGUACUCGGACAACGAGAUGCCCCGGGAGGCCCUGGACCAGGGCUGCAAGGACAUCGCCUACCAGCUCAUGCACAACAUCAAGGACAUCGACGUGAUCAUGGGAGGUGGCCGGAAGUACAUGUUCCCUAAGAAUAAAACCGACGUGGAGUACAGGAUGGACGAGAAGGCUGGGGGCACGCGGCUGGACGGCCUGAACCUCGUGGACAUCUGGAAGAGCUUCAAGCCAAAAGAGAAGCACUCCUACUUUGUCUGGAACCGCACGGAGCUCCUGAGCCUCAACCCCGACGGCGUGGACUACCUCUUGGGUCUCUUCGAGCCUGGGGACAUGCAGUACGAGCUGAACAGGAACAAUGUGACUGACCCGUCACUCUCUGAGAUGGUGGGCGUGGCCAUCAAGAUCCUGAAGAAGAACCCCAAAGGCUUCUUCCUGCUGGUGGAAGGAGGCAGGAUUGACCACGGACACCACGAGGGCAAAGCCAAGCAGGCGCUGCACGAGGCGGUGGAGAUGGACCGGGCGAUUGGGCGGGCGGGAGCCAUGACCUCUCUGGAAGACACGCUGACCGUGGUCACUGCUGACCAUUCCCACGUCUUCACCUUUGGUGGCUACACCCCCCGAGGCAACUCCAUCUUUGGUCUGGCCCCCAUGGUGAGCGACACGGACAAGAAGCCCUUCACCGCCAUCCUGUAUGGGAACGGGCCUGGCUACAAGGUGGUGGACGGCGAGCGGGAGAACGUAUCCAUGGUGGACUAUGCUCACAACAACUACCAGGCCCAGUCAGCUGUGCCCCUGCGCCACGAGACCCACGGCGGGGAGGACGUGGCCGUCUUUGCCAAGGGCCCCAUGGCCCACCUGCUGCACGGUGUCCACGAGCAGAACUACAUCCCCCACGUGAUGGCGUACGCGGCCUGCAUCGGGGCCAACCUGGACCACUGUGCCCGGGCCGCCGCGGCGGGCAGCCCCACUCCAGGGCCCCUGCUGCUCCUGCUGGCGCUGCUCCCCCUGGGCACCCUGUUCUGAGGGCUCAGGGCCCGGCACCCAAAGCCCACGGCAGAUGGCCAGCUUCCCCCUCCCGAAGCCGCCGACUGCCCGGCAGCCCACACUUCCCGGGCGGGGAGGCCAAGGUCCCCGCAGCCUCUGCAGCUGCCAGAACAGGGGACCCAGGAACCAAAGCCUGCUGCCCACCUCACUCCCCUCUGGAGUCCUCCACGGGGCCAGCCCGACUCCUGGCCUCUGCUCUCGAAGCCCUCCCGCUGCCCUUGGCCCUCGGGGUCGGUUUCUUGGGCAGGCAGAGCACAGACUGCAGGGACUCUCAAAGCGUCUUAUUUUUCUAACUGAGAUCCUUCUCCAGACCCACGAGGCUGCACCUCCACGGAACACGCCAGCCCCAGCCCUCUCCUUCCCUUCCUCCUCCUCUGGAAGCCCCUGGGCCCCGCGCUCUUGGUCCCCGAGCCCAGCCAUGCCUCCGUGGGGGGGACCAGGCCUCUCUGCUCAGGGUGGGGGUCACUCUCUCCCUCCGAGGUGGCCGGACUCCCAGGAAGCCACCUCCUGAGCCUGGCUGUCCUCGCAGGGUGGCCGUGCUGGGAAGAGCAGCCUGGCGGGGCCGCCUUCCCCAGCUCUGAACACACACCAGCUCCUCGCUGAAGCCUCUCUCCUGUUUGGAAGGAAAAAAAAAAAAAAAAAAAUCUCCUUUCGGUGUUGGUUAAAAGGGAACACAAAACAUUUAAAUAAAACUUUCCAAAUAUUUCU